AUGAAGCUUUCCCACAUGCUCCUCAGCCUCGCCAGCCUGGCGCUGGCGACGGCUCUUCCCCGGACGCCGAACCACAACGCGGCCACCACCGCCUUCCCCAGCACCUCGGGGCUGCACUUCACGAUUGACGGCAAGACGGGCUACUUCGCUGGCACCAACUCGUACUGGAUCGGGUUCCUGACCAACAACGACGACGUAGACCUCGUCAUGAGCCAGCUGGCGGCGUCCGACCUCAAGAUCCUGCGGGUCUGGGGGUUCAACGACGUCAACACCAAGCCCACCGACGGGACGGUGUGGUACCAGCUGCACGCGAACGGCACCUCGACCAUCAACACAGGCGCGGACGGGCUCCAGCGCCUCGACUACGUGGUGACCUCGGCCGAGAAGUACGGCGUCAAGCUGAUCAUCAACUUCGUCAACGAGUGGACCGACUACGGCGGCAUGCAGGCCUACGUCACGGCCUACGGCGCCGCCGCCCAGACGGACUUCUACACCAACACCGCCAUCCAGGCCGCCUACAAGAACUACAUCAAGGCGGUCGUCUCGCGGUACAGCAGCUCUGCGGCCAUUUUCGCCUGGGAGCUGGCCAACGAGCCCCGCUGCCAGGGCUGCGAUACCUCGGUCCUGUACAAUUGGAUCUCGGAUACGUCCAAGUAUAUCAAGUCGCUGGACUCCAAGCACCUGGUCACGAUUGGCGAUGAGGGCUUCGGUCUCGACGUCGACUCGGACGGCAGCUACCCCUACACCUACGGCGAGGGAUUGAACUUCACCAAGAACCUGGGCAUCUCGACCAUCGACUUCGGUACCCUGCAUCUGUACCCAGAUAGCUGGGGCACCUCCUACGACUGGGGCAACGGCUGGAUCACGGCCCACGCGGCCGCGUGCAAGGCGGUGGGCAAGCCGUGCCUGCUGGAAGAGUACGGAGUGACCUCCAACCACUGCGCCGUCGAGAGCCCCUGGCAGCAGACGGCCGGAAACGCGACGGGCAUCUCCGCCGAUUUGUACUGGCAGUAUGGCACCACGUUCAGCUGGGGCCAGUCCCCAAACGAUGGGAACACCUUCUACUACAACACCAGCGACUUCACGUGCCUGGUGACGGAUCAUGUGGCGGCUAUCAAUGCGCAGUCGAAAUAG